AUGGAGGGCCUGGGCCUGGGCCGCUGCUCCCCGCGCUCGCCCCUGCGGGGGUCCCCUCGGGAAGCGGGGUGCCCCGACUCGCCCCUGGAGAGCCACAGCCUGACCCACGUGGCCGCGAGGGUCCCCGCCCGCGCCAGGAGGCCCCGGCCCCCGCCCGCGCCCCGCCCGCAGCCCCGGGGGCCCCCGCAGCCCUCCCCGGCCACGGGAGACCCGCCCCCGCCCCUGCCCCCGCCCGCCGGGAGCCUCGGGGCGCAGCGGGCGCAGAGCGGGGACCUGUGGGCGGGGCGCGCGGGGGGCGCGGGGCGCUGGUCCCGGGCCUCGGGGCUCCCGGACGAGCCCUCCGUGGCGGCCUGGGGGGUCCGGCCGCCGUGCGCCUGCCCGUGCGCCUGCGGGAGGGCCGCCUGCGAGCCGCGGGGGUCCCAGGGCAGCCGGCCCGGCCCGGCCGCGGGGCCCCGCGCAGACCCCCCGAGCGCGCAGAGCCGGCAGGACCCGCUGCAAGAGGCCGCGGCGCGGCCCGGGGACCAGAGGGCGGCGGGGGUGCUGGCGCGGCUGCAGAGGGCCCGGCGCAUGCGGGAGCUGCAGCGGCAGGCGGCCCCGGAGGAGCUCCAGUGCUCGGGCCACAGGGUGCAGGCGACCCUGGGCCGCCAGCGCGGGCGGCUGCUGCAGGAGAGCCCGGAGAGCCCGGAGAGCCCGGCCCAGUGGCCGCAGCAGGAGCCGCGGGGCCGCGGGCCGGACGGCCAGCCCAGGGGCAGCGCCAGGUCCGGACACCCCGGGGAAGCCCCCGCCUCGGAGGCGCAGCCCGCACCCCGGACGCAGGGCCCCGAGCCGCCACUGCAGGAGCCCCCCGGGGCGGUGCAGGGCCCGCGGGAGCAGGAUGGGCCGCAGGUCGGGAUGCAGGCCUGUCCGGGGAAGCUGCCGGCACCAGAGACCCAGGCCAGGGCCUGGGAGACCAGCCUCAGCUCGCUGGUCAACCACCAGGCGCGGAGGGUCCUCCUGGACUGCCAGGCCAAGGCCGAGGAGCUGCUGAGGAAGCUGUCCCUGGAGCAGAGCUGCCCGCAGCCCCUCGACAGCCAGCACGAGCCGAGGACCGGGCCACAGAGGCCACAGAGGCCGCAGGAGCAGCUCAGGCAGGUACAGCCGCACGCAGGGGCCACCGAGGUGCAGACGCGGGCGCACCAGCAGCUGCUGGCCCAGCUGGCCGAGCUGGAGAGGUGGCCGCCCAGGAGUCCGGAGCACAGGAGCGCCAGGGACAAGGGGCAGCACAACCCCGAGCUGAGCGUCCCGCGGGAGGAGCUCCGUCACAUCCUGAGGCUGACAGCCAAGAAGGAGGAGAAGGGCCACGUGGAGGGCAUCAUGGAGGGCAUCAAGGAGGCCGUCAGGAGGAAGGAGCAGAGGCUGGAGCAGAUCUCCCGGGAGAGCGACGCCGCCUUCCAGGAGUUCCAGAAGCUGUCCUGGGCCUCGAGGAGGGACCAGGCCCGCGCGCUGGCCACCAGCCUCCUGGAGCAGAGGCCGCUCAAGGGCCCGCACGGGGCAGGGCCGCAGAGGUGCUGAGAGCGGGGCGCCCGGCGCCGGGGCGAGGCAGAGGCGGGCACCUCUACGCCCUGCAGAACCGGGUCGCCACCAGCACAGGUUUCAGAAAAUAUAUAAAAUACCUGCACUUUCCA